AUGAAGGCCAUAGUAUUGGCUGCUGCUGCAGCUUCUCUGCUAGCUCAACCCGCAUAUGCUGAAGGCAUGUACUCCAAGAACUCGCCCGUCCUCCAAGUAGAUGCAAAGAACUACGACAAGCUGAUAGCCAAGUCGAAUUAUCCAUCGCGCAGGUUCUACGCACCUUGGUGCGGCCACUGCAAGAACCUCAAGCCCGCGUACGAGAGGGCGGCCAAGUCGCUCUCCGGUCUUGCAAAGGUCGCCGCCGUGAAUUGCGACGAUGAGUCCAACAAGGCCUUCUGCGGUUCCAUGGGCGUACAAGGCUUCCCCACACUCAAGAUCGUCAAACCCGGCAACAAGCCCGGAAAGCCCUCCAUGGAGGAAUAUCAAGGCCAGCGGAGCGCGCAGGCAAUCGUAGACACAAUGGUAGACAAGAUACCGAACCACGUGAAAUGGGUCUCGGACAAGGGGUUGGAAGAGUGGUUGGCCGAGGGUAACGACACGGCGAAGGCAGUCCUGUUCACCGACAAGGGCACCAUCAGCGCGCUGCUGCGCUCGCUCGCCAUCGACUUCCUCGGCAGCAUCAGCGUCGCGCAGAUUAGGGACAAAGAGAAGAAUGCCGUGGAGCUCUUCGGCGUCUCCAAAUUCCCUACUCUCCUCGUCCUGCCCGGCGGCACCAAGGACGCCCUCGUCUACGACGGCGAAAUGAAGAAAGAGGCCAUGCUCACCUUCCUCUCACAAGUCGCGCCGCCGAAUCCCGAUUCCCCCGCCGCCGCCGCAACCUCCUCCAAACCCAAAUCUUCCUCCACAGACAAGGAAUCUGCCUCCAGCGCCUCCAGCGCCUUCUCCAAAGCAUCCGCCUCCCACGCCUCCGCCGAAAGCGACGCCAACAAAGCAACCGCUACAUCUGAGACCCUCGAAGACGCCACUCCCCCCACCGAAUCCCCCGACCCGAACAUCGUGACCGACGACACGCAAAAACCCGUUGCCAUUCCCCAGGGUCCCCCCAUGCUCGAGAUGCUCGAGACCGAGGCUGCGCUCAACAAGGCGUGUCUGGCCAAGAAAUCCCACACCUGCAUCCUCGCCCUGCUGCCCACCAGGCCGAAUCCGGAGGAAGAUCCGCUGCUACCGCUAACCGCACGGACCGCGCUAGCGAGUCUGGGACACGUGAGCAGUAAGCAUCACACCAAGGGUCAAAAGGGCGGGCUGUUCCCGUUCUAUGCCGUGCCGGCCGCGAACGAGGGCGCAGAGAAGCUGCGCAACGCGCUGGGGCUCAAGGGAGAUGCAGACGUGGAGCUGGUGGCGACGAAUGCGAAGAGGGGAUGGUUUAAGCGGUUCGAGGGGAGCGAUUACGGGAUGGAUGCUGUGGAGGCGUGGGUGGAUGCUAUCCGCAUGGGCGAAGGGAAGAAGGGGGUGCUGCCGGAGGGUGUUAUUGUGGAGGAGGUGGCGGAGGAGCUGUCGAGUGAGGAGGCGGAGCCGGUCAAGGUCAAUAUCGAGGACUUGAAGAGUGGUAUGGGGGAUUGGCCGGUCGAGAUCGAGGUUGAGGAGGUGCAUGAUGAGUUGUAG